UUGUUUAUUAAUAUAAAUGGCCCAGUGCAACUCACACGAAAAUCUCAGUGAUGAUGAAAUAUUUUUUGGAAAAUUAUCACUAAAAGAAGUGAAAAAACGUCUUUUGCCUGAUAAUCACCGUCAAACUAUUAUGUUCGUAUUUAUUUGUUUCUUAAGAUUGAUUAUCAUGGUGUAUAUUACUUUGUUAAUAAUUCGAAUUAAAAACCGUUUAAUAAUAUUGUUAACUUAUUUAAGGUGCGGUACUGAAACUGUUAGAGUUUCGGAUGACGAAAGCGUUAGUAUAAUUGAAACUCAUUCAGAGCCGGAUAUGUAUUCUGUGAGAGACACAAUCACAUCUCUCGAUUACUCUAAUGCUAGUUUUGCUUCAAGGGCUUCUAUGGGAUGGGACAUUAAAUCCGCAGAUGAUAGCUUUUUAAAAAUUGAAGAAAUGGUAACUGAGUUGUGUAUUUCCCCAAAUAAAAAUAAAAAGGAGGAAUUAGACAAUACUUUAGAAGUAGUUGAAUUUAUUUUGAAUAAUGCACCUUUACAUGACAAUAGAAAUAACAAAACUGUUCCAAAUGUAAAUGAAAAAGGCACAGAUGAAAUUGUUUCCAAAGUUACUGAUAGUUUGAAAAAUUGCUCAGAAGUAAAAAAUGAAAACGUGAAAACCAUAAAUACAGCAAAUGUGGAUACUAUUAAUUGUUCAAAAAGUUGGACAGAAGAAAGUAAUGAAAUUGUGGGAACUGUAAAUACAACAAAUAUUGACACAAGAGUUAUUAUCUGUACACAAAGUGGCACAGAAGUGAUAAAUGAAAAUGUGCAAACUUCAAAUACAAACAAUGUUGAUAGUAAUUCCCACAUCAAAAUUGAAACAUCUCAUGAAACAUCACCAAAAACACCCUCAAAUUUGAAGAAACAUAUUCAAAAUUAUAAAAUUAAAGGUAUAUCAACUCCAUUGACUGAAAUUAAACAAACUAAAGAUGUUUUUAAGACUCCUAAAAAUCCCAUACCUAAAAAGAAUCAAACACCAUCUUCAAAGAAAACACCAGGCAAAACAAAUGCUUUUCAACACAUAACCAGCCCUGUAGCAUCUUAUAUAAAAAAAUGUCCGCAAGUUCCGUUAUUGAGAGAUGUACACCCAACAAAGCCUCUUCCUGGUACCUCAUCUAUUCCUAAGUUUAUAAAAAAGGCAAAUGGUGACAAGGGGAAAGAAAAUACUACCCUACUUCCUUCAAUUGCUUAUAGAAGUGCUAAGAAAACAAAAAUGAUAACAAUACCAGAUAAGGAAAAACUACCACAAAGUCCAUGGGCUAAGAAGAUAGCUUCUUCACUGCCAAAACCUAUUGUUAUUACACAUGAUCAUAGAGAAGUUACUUCUGUGAAAAAGCCAGUAUUCAAUCACCAAGAGGACAGUUUUGCCAAUCUUUCACUUCACCAAGCUGAUGUAUCUGUUUGUACUCAAAAAUCUGCAGUAUCUAAAUAAUUGAAAUAAUAAAUUUUAUACUUUGAAUUAUUG